AUGACAUUACAAACUGAGAUAUUGCAUAUCCACAUGCUCAUAAUGAGAAUAGUUCUGCUCCAAUCAAUCGAGAUGAACCUCAUGGACAUCACCAAGAUUUUCUCCCUCCUGCAGCCCGACAGGGAGAAGGAGGAUACUGACAUGGGGGAGAAGCAGGCUCUGAAUCAAACAGUGUAUGACAAUGACUCCUGUACUUUGGACCAGCUUUUGUGCCAGGAAUGUUACAAACGUUUCAUCAACAGAAGUAGCUGAGGUGUUCCUGAGAUACCCUUGUGCUUGGCUGCUUCUUAUGGCCACCAUUGUUUGCAGGCCCUCCUGGCACAUGGUGCUGAUGUUGACAGCUUGUAUUUCAAGGCAUAGACACCACUUUUUACUGCUGUCAGUCAUGGUCAUCUGGACUGUGUUCAUGUGCUUUUGGAAGCUGGUUCCUGUCCUGGUGGUAGUAUCCACAUCUGUUCUCUUGUGCUCACAGCUGCCCGUGAUGGUGCUGCUGUCAUCCUUCAGGAACUCUUGGGCCAUGGUGCAGAGGCCAAUGUCAAGGCUAAACUACCAGUCUGAACAUCAAACAUAGCUUCGUGUUCUGGCCCCCUCUAUUUGGCAGUAGUCUAUGCACACCUUGACUGUUUCUGCCCACUUUUGCUCCGUGGGGCAGACCCCAACUACAACUGUACUGACCAGCACCUGUUGGCUCAUGUCCCAUGGCCCCACAUCCUUCUUGAAAUCUACCUCCACCAUAAUUGUGAGCCAGAGUACAUCCAGCUAUUAAUUGAUUUUGGUGCUAACAUAUACCUUCCAUCUCUCUCCCUGUAUGUGAACUUGCAAGAUGAUAAAGGCACUGCAUUGUUGCUACAGGCCCGAGCCACUCCACAGUCACUACUGUCACAGUCCCAUUUAGUCAUCCACAGAGCCCUGCACCAGGCCAGCCAACCACAAGCCAUUGACGAGCUGGAUAUUCCCUCUGUGUUGAUUAGCUACCUCAAACACCAAGUGUAA